AUGAACGGCACGAAUUGCCCGCCUGCGGCCGGCAAACUGCUCGUGGACGGACAGGACGCGCGGACGAAGCAGGAGAUCCUCCAGAUGAUCGUCCAGUACCUGCACGACGAGGGCUACACUGCGGCGGUCGCGACGGUGCAGGACGAGGCCAACGUGCGCUCGCUCGAUGCGCAGCGCGCGCGGACGGCGGUGCGGCGGCUCCGGCGCGCGGUGCUCGACGGCGAUUGGCCCGAGAUGGAGAAGCUCGUGCCCCGUGCCAUCGCCGGCACGUUCCGCGACCUCUGCUACCUCCUCACCUGCCGCUCCGUGCACGAGGUGCUUCUGGAGCUGCAGCAACCUGAGGCAGCCGAAGAGGUUGGGCCGCCUGCGGUCGCCGCGGGUGGCAGCGACGCGCGCGAGUCUGCGGGCGGCAGCGAGUCUGCGGGCGUGUCUGCGGGCGGGUGCGGCUGGGCCGGGUCGGUGUGCGUGCUGCAGCACCCGUCUCGCGUGUGGGCGGUCGCCACGCGGGGCGGGGGGGGAGGUGGCGUGCCGCUGCUCGCUUCGGCGUGCGCGGACGGCCGGGCGCGCGACGCGGUCGCGAGCUACGCCGCCGGCGGCGUAGCGGGCAGUGCGGGCGUCGGCGCGGGGCUGCGGCUAGGUUCGCACGAGGGCUCGCACGAGGGCGACGCGUACACGGCGGUCGGGAUGAGCGGCGGGUACGACGCCGCGGUGCGGCUGUACGAUCUGACGACGGGCGCGCUGCUGCGAUCGCUGGUGGGGCACGAGCGCAGCGUCUCGAGCGCCGUGUUCAACUCGGCGGGCAACCUGAUCGUGUCUGGCGGCAAGGACGCGACGGUCCGCUUCUGGGACGCGCGAUCCGGUCUCUGCCUCAAGUGCUUCGAGAGCCCGCUGGGGGAGGUGACCUCGGUCGACCUCGCGCCCAACGGCGUGCACCUUGUCUCGUCGUCUAAAGACAACGCGCUGCGGCUGUGGGACGUGCGCACCGCCAAGCCGCUCCUCGUGCUCAAGGGGCACCAGAACACCGCGCGCAACUUUGUGCGCGCGCGCUUCGCCAAGGGCGGCACCCUCGUCGCCUCCGGCUCAGACGACGGCGGCGCGUUCCUCUGGCACGCGAGCUCGGGCGAGCUCGCCGCUCGGCUCGGCGGGCACACGGAUGUGGUGUACGACACGGCGUGGAGCGAGCCGCUCGACCUCAUCGCCACCGCGUCGCACGACGGCCUGAUCAAGCUGUGGGGGUGGGACGCCGCCGCGCCGGGUAGCGUCGCGGGCAGCGCGGCGGCGGGGUGGGACGGGCCGUGGAGGAAUCGGCCCGCCGGCGGCGCCGUGUAGCAUGAGUGGAAUUACGUCGUCUCAUUUGUAGAGGAGCAUGGAGAGGAGUACGAGCAAAGCCGGUCUAUCUUUUU